GGGCGGCCGGCGGCUCGGCGCGGCGCAGUCGGCUCGAGUGCUCCCGGUGAAGAGGAGGUCUUCUCGGCCGAGCUGCCUUCCGCCGCCGUCGCCGGGCUGCGUCGCUACCGCCGGGCCGCCGCUCCGCGCGCCGCGUCGCCCACACGCCCACCAUGACGAAGAGCGAGAAGAAGUCUCUGAACGAGAGCUUGGCCGCGUGGAAGCUCUUCUUGUACAACCCGACCACCCGAGAGUUCCUGGGGCGCACCGCCAAGAGCUGGGGUUUGAUCUUACUCUUCUACGCAGUUUUUUAUGGGUUCCUGGCUGCGCUCUUCUCAUUCACCAUGUGGGCUAUGCUUCAGACUCUGAAUGAUGAAGUUCCCAAAUACCGUGACCAGAUUCCUAGUCCAGGACUCAUGGUUUUCCCAAAACCAGUGACUGCAUUGGAAUAUACAUUUAGUAUUUCUGAUCCACAUUCCUAUGAAGGGUACAUUAAAGACCUUAAGAAGUUUCUAAAAUCAUACUCUUUAGAAGAACAGAAGAAUCUCGCCAACUGUACUGAUGGAGCUUUUGAACAGAAGGGUCCAGUUUAUGUUGCAUGUCAGUUUCCUGAUUCCUUACUUGAAGUGUGCAGCGGUAUAAAUGAUCCUAAUUUUGGCUAUUCCCAAGGACAACCUUGUAUUCUUGUAAAAAUGAAUAGAAUCAUUGGAUUAAAGCCUGAAGGAUCACCAAAGAUAGACUGUAUUUCAAAGGAUGAAUAUCCACCAAUUCUAUCAACUUAUCCUAAUCAUGGACUCAUAGACUUAAAGUAUUUUCCAUAUUAUGGAAAGAAACUGCAUGUGGGCUAUCUCCAGCCACUGGUUGCUGUCCAGGUCUCCUUUGACUCUAACAGCACCAAGAAAGAAGCAACGGUAGAAUGCAGAAUCGAGGGAUCAAAGAACCUAAGAAAUGAGGACGAUCGUGACAAGUUCUUGGGAAGAGUUGUCUUCAAAAUCACAGUACGCGCAUAGCCUUGAGUAGGAUGUCUCCGCCGAAUAAAUGUUGUGUUGUCUGUCUUCAUUGUGUGCCCGCUGGACCUGCCAAUCUAGAAUUCUGAGACCGCCCAGGGAAGGUGGCGCUGCCCAGCCCGGGGCACAGCGUAAUGUGCUUCCAGAUCACAGUGUUCCGUGUCCUCUGAAAUAACUGCCUGCUGCUCUGCUGCCCUUUGAACCAGUGUCCAGUCGCCACACAGGGACCGGUGAACGCCUGAUUCCGAGCGUGUGGGGUGGGGGGCUUGUCCUCUUUUUUAAUGUGGUUUAAUUGCCAAGUGUCUAAAGCUCAGUGUGCCGUGCAAUGUAAAUAUUAUGGAUUUAACACUGGUUAACUCAAUUUUGAUGCCAACAAGGUUUUAGGGGUUAAAUAGUACCUGGCCAACAUUAAGAGACUGGCUGCAAGGAGCAGGGUGGAGAAGCUCUAGGUGAAGAAGCAAACAGAAUAAAAGUGGAUCUGAAAGUGUUA